UCGAGACAGGAAGCGCAGCCGCAGUCGGGACAAGAAGCACGGCCGCAGUCGAGAGGGGAAGUACAGCCGCAGCCCGGACAGGAUGCGCAGCCGCAGUCGAGACAGACGUAGAGGUGGCAGCCGAGAGCGCUGGCGCAACUGCAGCUGGGAGCGGGGGGGCCGCUACAGAGACCACCAGACUGAUAUGCUGCUGGACAGCCUGACUCCAGAGGAGCGAGACGCUCGCACCGUCUUCUGCAUGCAGCUGGCAGCCCGGAUCCGACCCCGGGACCUGGAGGAGUUCUUCUCUGCGGUGGGGGAGGUGCGACUGGUGAGGAUGAUCUCUGACAGGAACUCCCGCAGGUCAAAGGGCAUCGCCUACAUCGAGUUUGUGGAGGCCAGUUCGGUUCCACUCGCCAUUGGACUGACGGGUCAGAGGCUGCUGGGGGUCCCCAUCAUCGUGCAGGCUUCUCAGGCAGAGAAGAACCGUGCUGCAGCAGCGGCGGCGGCGGCGGCGGCGGCAGCAGCCAGCACUGUGCAGAAGGUAACGAGUGGACCCAGGAGGCUGUACGUGGGCUCACUGCACUUCAACAUCACCAGGGACAUGCUGCGAGGGAUCUUUGAGCCCUUUGGACGGGUGGAGAACAUCCAGCUGAUGAUGGACAGCGACAAUGGUUUGUCUAAAGGCUACGGCUUCAUCACUUUUGCAGAUGCAGAGUCAGCUAAGAAGGCUCUGGAGCAGCUGAAUGGUUUUGAGUUGGCAGGUCGGCCCAUGAAGGUGGGUCAUGUGACCGAGCGCAAUGAGGCCUCUACAGCUUCCUCCUUCCUGAGCGACGAGCUGGACCUGACAGGUGUGGAGCCAGGUACCACCGGCAGGCUGCAGCUGUCUGUGCCUUCUCAGAUACCUGAAGGUACAGGUGUGCAGAUCCCUCCUUCUGCUCAGCAGGCUCUGCAGAUGAGUGGAGCGAUUGCUAUUGGAGCUCUGGCUGCUGUUUCAGCUGCCAUGAAUCCAGCUCUCAGCAUGAACAUGAACCCUCCAGCUCUGAAUCUUCCAUCUCAGCCUCUCGCCACUCACUGCUUUCAGCUGUCCAACAUGUUCCACCACAGCAGUGAGAACACACCAGGUUGGGAGUUCAACAUCCAGCAUGAUGUCAUUGAGGAGUGCAACAAACACGGAGGAGUCGUUCACAUCUACGUGGACAAAAACUCACCUGAGGGGAAUGUUUACGUAAAGUGUUUGUCCAUCCCUGCCGCCAUGGCAUCCGUUAACGCUCUCCACGGAAGAUUCUUCAGAGGUAAGAUGAUCACGGCAGCUUACGUCCCCCUGCCCACCUACCACAACCUGUUCCCAGAGUCUGUGACCGCCACACAAAUGCUGGCCCCGCCCCCAAGGCGGUAAUCAACAACACUGCUCUGUAAAUGGAGGUUGGACAUUGGGCCCCACCCCUUUUUAAAAUCGUGACGUCUUAUUGGAUCAGUUUGACAUCAGAGAAGGAUCCAGAACAGCUGAUUGUUUUCAGCUGGACACAAUGACUAGCUUUCUUCCUAUUGGCUGCAUCUUGAUGCCUGGUCACAUGGUCAUGUGACACAACUUUACUUCCUGUUUCUUUGUUUCUCACUGGCUUUCCUGGGUGAGCUCUCCACGCAUUCUGCCUCUCUGUAUCGUCCAAUAAUGAGCUCUGUGAGCUGUGAGGGGCGGAGCCAAUGAGAGGGUCAUCUGAUUGGUUGGUUUGAGCCCAUUUAAUUGUUAGUGUUUUUCUAAUCUUAUUUGAUUUUGUAAAAUUAUUAAAUAUUAUUUUUCAUGUCUGAA